GAUGGAUCAGUCAUUGGGUAUAAAUGAAAGUAAAUACAUGGAUGAAGCAUUCUACUUUCCAUUUGAGAUGAGCAUGCCAGACUGCUGUGGUAAUUCGAUGACCUCGAAUCAAGUGUCCAAUACGACAGCCGCUCUAGGAUUACCUUUUGACAUAGUAUGUGAGCGUCUUGAGUGUUGCCAUGAAGAUGACACAGGUUGUUGUACGUCUGAUGAUAGCAACUGUACAUCUGAAUCAGUAUUCAUUUGCAAAAAUAUUAACGGAAGUUAUGAAAAGAUGUCGAAACCAUGUAACAUUGACAAUCGUUCAUGUCCAGAUCAAUGGAGUACUUGGGAAGAUUUUGGAGAAUGUUCAGUUACAUGUGGAGAAGGAAAGCAGUCUCAGACCAGAAAGCGUUUCUUACCUUGCGCUAAAAUAGAUGAAACCGUCAUCCAAAACAAUGUCUGUGUUAAAACCAAAUGUCCAGUUUACAAAUGGGAUUACCUUCAAUCGAUGAACCUAUCAAUAGAGGAAAAGAAAGAAAUGAUGAAAGGUGAACUGGUUGAACUCAAGGCAAACCUGACCAUCGACACAAAGAAUACAUCGGCUGCAAUAAGACGUAGAACAUCAGCACCUGACAACAGGCCGUCUGCUUCUUCAGUUGGUUAUCUCGCAAUAUUACUUCUAGUAAUACCGUUGGUUCUUAUAGUUUGUUUAGAUUCCAUCAGAUGCGUUCAGAAAAAAAAGAAAUAUAAGAAGAAGCGAAUUUGCCCAAGUCACAGAGAAAUGCUUGAAGAACAGACAGUUACGGAACUUAAAACAGAAUAAAAUAGAAAUAGACCAAACAUGCAGUAUGACUAAAUAAGUGUGGAAGACUGAAAAGAAACAUA